ACGUGAUAACAAGACUGACCUUUGGCCUGGGUGGAUGUUCACGUGACCUAAGCAAGAUGGCAGCGCCCAGCGGUAGCGUUUUUCAUUUGGGGCGGUCUUCCAGUUCCAAAUUAGGUGUUAUUUACGACACUGAGGGUCGGGAAGUGGAGGUUGAAACAAGGGAGGAUGAGGAACAGAAUGUCAAGUUACAGGAGACAAUUGAACUUCUCCUGGCUGCUGGAUAUUUCAGGGCACGCAUCAAGGGACUCACGCCAUUCGAUAAGGUUGUCGGAGGCAUGACGUGGUGCAUCACCACUUGCAACUUUGAUAUUGAUGUCGACUUGCUCUUCCAAGAAAACUCCACCAUUGGACAGAAAAUUGCCCUAACGGAGAAGAUCGUAGCCGUCCUGCCCAGGAUGAAGUGCCCCCACCGUAUCGAGCCCCAUCAGAUCCAGGGCUUGGACUUCAUCCACAUCUACCCCGUGGUCCAGUGGCUGGUCAAGCGGGCCAUCGAGACAAGGGAGGAAAUGGGAGACCUCAUCAGGGCGUUCUCCAUCUCCCAGUUCAGUAAACAGCACCAGACCCCAGAGGAUGUAGAGUUCGAGGAGAGGAAAAGCAAGUCAGUGGAUACCAUCAGCAGUGUGAAGGACGUCUACAAGCCGCAGAGGCGAUAUCGGCGAGCUGACGCCCACAGGAUGAGGGAGGAGGAAAUGAGAGUCCAGUCCACGCUCCUGGAGUACGGAAGACGUUACGGGAUAAGCCGGACCUCCAAGUCAGAGAAGGAAGCCGAGAAGGAAGCCAAGAAGAAGGCUCUUGAAGCCGGCAUGACCAAGGCUCGGGCUGACUCCAUGGACUCGGAGGAAUCGCGGGAGAAGGAAGAAAAACGCAUCCAGGCUCUCAUGAAGGGGAUGUCGCUCUCUGAGGAGGGCAAGGUAACAGCCAGUACGGUUGGCUCCAUCGUGGGUCUGCAGUCCGAAGAGAUUGGGCAGAUUGCAUCUGAGUAUGCAGACAAGAAAUCAGAGUUGCAAAUGGAAGCAGACAAACCAGAGAGAAUGAGCGGUGCCCAGCAACACCAGCGGCUGGUGACAUCACUGAACAAGCAGAUAGCCAAUCAGGAGAAGAAGCUGGCUGAGGUGAGUACACGUCACACUGAGCUGAAGGAGGCCCACGUCGAGACCCAGUCCAAGCUGCAGGAGGUCCAGGAGCAAUCCAAGAAGAUUGACAAGGAGAUGGAAGAUCUGGAAUCUGUUGAGACAGAUGAGAACAAAAGCGUUUUACAGAAGCUGCGUUCCUUGGUAGCCAUGAAUGAGAGUCUCAAGAAACAGGAGACAGAGUUCCGCGCUCACUGCAAGGAGGAGAUGGCUCGUCUUGGCCAGAGCAUCUCAGAGCUGAAGGAGGAAGGAGGAGAGACCGAGAUGUCAGAGAGAGAUAAGAUGAUCCUGAAACGAUACGAGGCGGGGCAAGAAAAACUUCAGAAAUUCCGUCUGCUCUUGGCUCGGAAAACAAGGGAAAUCGCUGCCUUGCAGAGGAAGAUCGAUGACGUGCCUUCGAGGGCAGAAUUAUCUCAGUACCAGAGACGAUUUGUUGAACUAUAUAAUCAAGUUGCCAGCACCCACAAAGAGACCAAACAGUUCUACACGCUGUAUAAUACCCUGGAUGACACCAAGUUGUACCUGGAGAAAGAAAUCACAUUACUCAACUCAAUCCACGACAACUUCUCACAGGCUAUGAAUUCUUCCUCCAACAAGGACCAGUUCCUGAGGCAAUUCGAGCAGAUUGUUGGCGGGGUUAAACAGAACAAAAUCAAGGUGGAGAAGAAGAAACAGGAGGAGAAGAUGAGGAGGGAUCAGCUGAAUGAUAACUACCUGGACCUGGUGGAGAAGCAGAGAUUGUACUUCAAGACGGUCAGGGACUUUAAGGAGGAGUGCCGCAAGAAUGAAAUCCUGCUGUCCAAGCUCUCUGCCGCAAAGUAGUUACUAUUUUUUACUAAGAUUAAUCAAAAUAUAUAAAUAUAAACUUAUGCCAUUAAACAAAAAUGUCUUCUUUAAUUUGUUUUUUUAAAUUCUAAGUCUCCUAUUCUGUAGACCUAUCAAAGUAACACAUAUCCGGAUAUUUCAGGUACAAGACGAAUGUUAAAAAAUGUUUUCUAAACUAAAUUGGGUGAAUCAAGGAAGAAACCAUCCCACCCUUUCUGGAAUACUCUAAACCCAAGUUGUUUCUCCUCCAUCAUUUUUAUUUAUCCUUCUCCUCGGUUCAUUUAUCUUUUGGCAAUGCAAUUACAUUAUUUUAAAAAGUAUAAGAGCAAAUAUUAUUUUGUUAUCCUGACCCUACAUUGCAUAGAGAGCACAUAUAUGCCUGAAUUAGUGUCUGGCAUCUGAUUGGUGGCUUGUUGAUCACAUGUCAUUGAGUUAUUCGUCCCAAUGGAAGUUCCAUUGCAAGGUCACAUGAUAGGUGGCUCUGACCAAUCAGACGAUGAGAUUUAUUCAGGUGUUGUAUAAAACAAAUGUCUCACAUUUGUGUAAUAGACAGAAGAAUUUCAUUCGGUGACAAAUAGAAUGUUCCAUUCCACUCGGCUUCGCCUUGUGGAAUGGAACAUUCCAUCUGUCCCAAAAUGAAAUUAUUCUUACCAUUGCACUCGUAAACAUUCAUUAUUUGUAUAUUAUAAAGUAUUAACAAAAUACUAUUAAUAUAUCUUGACAAGUUUCUCAGCAAAUUUUUUAUGCUCUAUUUUGGCAAAAUGAAUUUCGGAUUAUUGUAGCAUUAUUAGUUAACAAAAUUUGAAAAAGUAACAAAUAAACCUAAUUUUGAACCUGACAAAAAAAUAUAAAAAUUUAAAAUAUUUGUGCAAGCCGUUACAAUAUCUAAGAUGUUAACAUCUCUACACAUCUUUCAUGUGCACUUCCACGUUGAAAACUGUGCCUAAUAACUUCCCCCAAAAUUGUGUCAACCUGCAAGAAAUUACUUUCUAGUGAACUCACAUGCUGAAAUAUGUUCUUCGAUAACAGCUUUCACCAUUAGGGAACUUCCCAACAGGCUAACUUUAUCUUGAAUGGUCAGUUCUUUUAUUGGCCCGGAGUUGAGAUGUUUGAUUAUCGGAUUUUUUUCAUAUCAAGUAACAUUUUGUGCAUUUUUUCAUUGCCAGAUAUUGUGACAGUUACAUUAAUGAAGGUAUCAUUAGAUCUUAAUUAUUUUCUGAUUCUUAUACAAUAAAAGGUACUCAAGUGACAUUAUUAAAAAGGAUUAAUUGGACUUCGUAUUUGCAUAAAUUA